CACUGAAUACAGCAAUUUGGAAAAAUAUUGUUGACGUUAACGACAUCAAUAGAUUAACUAAUAUUCAUAGCCAUCAGUCGUGUGUUGAAAUCAGCUUUGGACACAUCAUUGCAAGCAACACAGCUAAAAGAUAUUUGUUGUACGUAAAUACAAAUCAUGGACAAGCCAGCACCACCACCUUAUGAACAUGAACGACUUUAUGGACCACCAGCUAAUGGACAACCUCCUUAUGGACCACCAAUUCAUGGACAACCACCUUACGGACCACCAGUUCAUGGACAACCUGGUUAUGGACCACCAACUCAUGCACCACAGCCAGGACCAAGUACAACUGUAGUUGUAACUAGUUUUGGUCCUCAAACUUGCAGGAUGACAUGUCCUCAUUGCCACGCUUUAAUUGAUACAACUACUGAACGAGAAUUAAGUCCAAUUGGUUUGUUGAGUGUACUUUUACUAUUUGGUUCCCUUUGUUGUUGUAUUCCAUGUUGCAUAGACAGUUGCAACAAUGUUAAACAUAAUUGUCCAAACUGCCGUGCGUAUUUGGGUCAAUAUAAACCUUAA